CGCCUUGCGCGUGGUUUCCUGACAGCGCUCUCGCGAGAUGAUGACGCAAGCGCGCUCAGCCGGGGUCUCGCGAGAUCUGGCUCAGUGAGUGAGCUCGGCCUGUGCUCCGCUCUCUCCCCCGCUCCGCUCCCGGCACCGGCUCUCCGCGGAGGGAGGCGGGAGACACCCGCAGCAUGGCGUCCGCUCUGGAGCAGUUCGUUAACAGCGUCAGGCAGCUGUCCUCCCAAGGUGAGGCCGUGAGAGGGCAAAUGACUCAGCUGUGUGAGCUCAUCAACAAGAGUGGGGAGCUGCUCGCCAAAAAUCUCUCUCACUUGGAUACUGUCCUGGGGGCGCUGGAUGUUCAAGAGCAUUCUCUGGGGGUCCUUGCGGUUCUGUUUGUGAAGUUUUCCAUGCCCAAUAUUCCUGACUUUGAGACCUUGUUUUCUCAAGUCCAGCUCUUUAUCAGCACUUGCAACGGAGAGCACAUUCGCUACGCAACAGACACAUUUGCUGGUCUGUGCCAUCAGCUAACAAAUGCCCUGGUGGAGAGAAAACAGCCUCUGCGAGGAAUCUGUGUUCUCAGGCAAGCCAUAGACAAGAUGCAGAUGAACACAAAUCAGCUCACCUCAAUCCACGCUGAUCUCUGCCAGCUCUGCUUAUUAGCGAAAUGUUUCAAGCCGGCGCUGGCUUAUUUAGAUGUAGACAUGAUGGACAUAUGUAAAGAGAAUGGUGCUUACGAUGCAAGGCCCUUCCUAUGUUAUUAUUAUUACGGAGGGAUGAUCUACACGGGGCUAAAGAACUUCGAGAGGGCACUUUAUUUUUAUGAGCAGGCCAUCACAACGCCAGCCAUGGCUGUAAGUCACAUCAUGCUGGAGUCCUACAAAAAAUAUAUCCUGGUUUCGCUGAUACUUCUAGGAAAAGUUCAGCCGCUGCCUAAAUAUACCUCACAGAUUGUCAGUAGAUUCAUUAAGCCUCUUAGCAAUGCAUACCACGAGCUAGCACAAGUCUACGCGACUAACAACCCGUCAGAGCUGCGGAACCUGGUGAACAAACACAGCGAGACAUUCACCAGAGACAAUAACAUGGGGCUGGUGAAACAAUGUCUGUCCUCCCUCUACAAAAAGAAUAUUCAGAGACUCACCAAAACAUUUCUCACCCUCUCAUUACAAGACAUGGCCAGCCGAGUGCAGUUAUCUGGCGCGCAGGAGGCUGAAAAAUAUGUUCUCUAUAUGAUAGAAGAUGGAGAAAUCUUUGCAAGUAUUAAUCAGAAAGACGGGAUGGUUUGCUUUCAUGAUAAUCCAGAGAAAUACAACAAUCCUGCGAUGCUUCACAAUAUCGACCAGGAGAUGCUGCGCUGUAUAGAUCUUGACGACCGGUUAAAAGCAAUGGAUCAAGAAAUCACAGUGAACCCACAGUUUGUUCAAAAGAGCAUGGGUUCCCAAGAUGACGACUCAGGAAGCAAGCCGUCCAGCUACUCCUGAAGGGGGGAGAGGACCCUGCACCCCUGAGGUUCACAAUGUGGAUUGUCAGCAAUGCAGAACUUUCUGAUAAAACACAUCUUCAAUAAAAAACUGGGAGAAACACCAACUCUCUGCCUGGACAUUUUAACUAAAAAAAAUGAAAACCAAUAUUUAUGAAGUUUUCUCUCAGUCCUGUAUGCGUUCAGUUAUACUCCGGAAUGGAAAAACAACCUAUACAAAAUAAAGUAUGUUGUGAAUUUG